CCUUUGCAGGCAACUGCUGGAAAGGCGCAAAUCCUGCAAAUGCGCUCAUUGGCGUCCCAAGUGCGGCUCGCGCGAGGACUUGCUCGCUAACCACCACACGGCGGCGCCGAUGAGGCGCCGGGGUUGAGGUCCCGGCAAAAUGUGGGCGGGACGCCCGGAGAGCGCCUCAUACCUGCCGAGGGAGCGCCCGGGGACGGGAGGGGCGAGCGCCCGGGGACGGGAGGGGCGUCCGGACACCGAGCGUCCCGUCAGCUCGUCCACAAGACGCAAGAAGCCGACAUGAGCGCGCAUUAUCGUCAGCACUACGCCAAGUACACCCGGGUAUGGAUCCCGGACGCGGACAACGUGUGGCGGGCAGCGGAAAUCAGCCGAGACUUCAAGCAAGGCGAGUCGGUCGUGCACCUGUGCCUGGAGGACGGCACGCCGGUGGCGUACCCGGUGGGCCCCGAGAGCAACCCGCUGCCGUUCCUGCGGAACCCCGACAUCCUGGUGGGCGAGAACGACCUGACGGCGCUGAGUUAUCUUCACGAGCCCGCCGUGCUGCACAACCUCAGAGUGCGAUUCCUCGAGUCCAACCACAUCUACACUUACUGCGGCAUCGUCCUGGUGGCCAUCAACCCCUACGAGGAGCUGCAGAUCUACGGCGAGGAGGUGAUCAACGCUUACAGCGGACGUAACGUGGGCGACAUGGACCCGCACAUAUUUGCCGUGGCCGAAGAAGCCUACAAACAGAUGGCCAGGGACGAGAGGAACCAGUCCAUCAUCGUGAGCGGAGAAUCUGGAGCUGGAAAAACGGUUUCUGCAAAGUACGCCAUGAGGUUCUUUGCCACUGUCGGCGGAUCUGCCAACGACGCCAACGUCGAGGAGAAAGUCCUCGCCUCCAGUCCCAUCAUGGAGGCCAUCGGGAACGCCAAGACCACGAGGAAUGACAACAGCAGUCGCUUCGGCAAAUAUAUCGAGAUCGGCUUCAGUCGCAGCUACCGCAUCAUCGGGGCCAACAUGCGAACGUACCUGCUGGAGAAGUCGCGGGUGGUCUUCCAGGCCGAAGAGGAGCGCAACUACCACAUCUUCUACCAGUUGUGUGCGUCGGCCUCUUUGCCGGAGCUGCGAGAGCUCAGCCUCGCCAGCGCAGAAGACUUUGUGUACACGUCCAUGGGGGAGAACAUCUUCAUCGAAGGCGUGAACGACGCUGAUGACUUGGACAAGACCAGGCACGCUUUCAGGCUGCUAGGCAUCAAAGACGCCAGCCAGAACGCCAUCUUCAAGGUCCUGGCGGGCAUCCUGCAUCUGGGCAACAUUGAGAUCUACGCAGAGAGGGAUGGAGAGUCCUGCCACGUCUCGAGCGACGACGCGCACCUGGCUCACUUCUGCAGGCUCCUGUGCCUGGAACCGGCUCAGAUGGAGCACUGGCUGUGCCACAGGAAGUUGGUGACGGCAUCCGAGACGUACGUGAAGAAGACGUCGGCCCGGCAGGCGGCCAACGCCCGCGACGCCCUGGCCAAGCACAUCUACGCGCGCGUCUUCGACUGGAUCGUGGCGCGCAUCAACGUGGCGCUGCGCACCUCGUCCAAGCAGCACUCCUUCAUCGGGGUCCUGGACAUCUACGGUUUCGAGACCUUUGAGGUGAACAGCUUCGAGCAGUUCUGCAUCAACUACGCCAACGAGAAGCUGCAGCAGCAGUUCAAUUCGCACGUGUUCAAGUUGGAGCAGGAGGAGUACAUGAAGGAGCAGAUCCCGUGGACCCUGAUCGACUUCCACGACAACCAACCCUGCAUCGACCUGAUCGAGGCUCGGCUCGGCGUGCUGGACCUUCUGGACGAGGAGUGCAAAGUACCCAAAGGGACGGAUCAGAACUGGGCGCAGAAACUGUACAAGCAGCACGCGUCCAGUCCGCACUUCCAGAAACCUCGAAUGUCCAACUCGGCCUUCAUCAUCCUGCAUUUCGCUGACAAGGUGGCGUACGAGUGCGCCGGCUUCCUGGAGAAGAACCGCGACACCGUGUACGACGAGCAGAUCAACAUCCUCAAGGCCAGUCAGCUUCAACUGGUGGCCGACCUGUUCGGCGGGGACGACCCCGCCCCCAAAUCGGCCAGAGUCAACGUGCGCGCCGCCAAGACCGCCCCCAGACCCCCCAACAAAGACCACAGGAAGACCGUCGGGCUGCAGUUCCGCAGCUCUUUGCAUCUUCUGAUGGAGACGCUGAACGCCACCACGCCGCAUUACGUGCGCUGCAUCAAACCCAACGACGACAAGGAGGCCUUCUCGUUCGACUCUCGUCGGGCCGUGCAACAGCUGCGAGCGUGCGGCGUCCUGGAGACCAUCCGGAUCAGCGCCGCCGGAUACCCGUCCAGGUGGACGUACGGCGACUUCUUCAGCAGGUACCGCGUGUUGAUGCGCAAGUCGGACGUGGCGAACCCCGACAAGAAAUGGGUGUGCCGCAACCUCUUGGAGACGCUCAUCAGGGAAGGCGACAUGUUCCAGUUGGGAAAGAGCAAGAUCUUCUUCCGGGCGGGCCAGGUGGCCUACCUGGAGAAGUUGCGCGCCGACAAGUUCCGCGCCGCCUGCGUGGCCGUCCAGAAGACGGUCCGGGGAUGGCUGCAGAGGGUCCGCUACCGCAAGAUCCGCAAGGCCGUGCUCUUGCUGCAGAGAUACGGGCGGGGCUACCUGGCGCGCAGGUACGCCGAGUACUUGCGCCUGACGCGUGCCGCCGUGGCGUGCCAGAAGAACUACCGCAUGGCCCGAGAGCGGCGCGCCUACCUGACGGUGCGUCGGGCCGCCGUCACCGUCCAGGCCUUUGCGCGGGGGAUGUUCACGCGCAGGAUCUACCAGGAGUUCCUGCUGCACCACAAGGCCAUAAUCAUCCAGAGCUGCGUCCGCGGAUGGCUGCGGAGACUCAAGUUCCGGCGGAUGCGCCGCGCCGCCGUGGUGCUGCAGUGCGCUUAUAGACGCUCGCGGGCGCUGCGCCGCUUCAAGGCGCUCAAGACGGAGGCGCGCUCGGCCCAGGGCCUGCAGAAGCUCAACACGGGCAUGGAGAACAAGAUCGUGCAGCUGCAGAGGAAGAUGGACGACCAGGGCAAGGAGUACCGCGAGCAGAACGAGCAGCUCCUGCGCGCCAACAACACGCUGGGCGCGGAGCUCAGCCGCGUGCAGCAACUGCUGCAGCAGGCGCACAACCAGCAGGGCGGCGGCGGGGCCCAGCUCAAGUCGCUGCGGGCCGAGCUGGAGGAGAACCGGGCCCGGCUCGACGAGGCCCGGGCCCUCGAGAGCCAGACGGAGGACCUCCACCGGAACGAGAAGCUGGAACUGACCCGGAGGGUCGCCGAGCUGGAGAAGGAAAACGCCUUGCUCAAGAGCCAAAAGGAAGAACUCGACCAGAAGCUUAAGCAACAGUCGAGCCGCGCCACAGAGGACGUGGGGAGCGCGUUGUUGCGCGCCGAGAUGGACGCCGAGCGCCGCCGCUACCAAAAUCUUCUGAAGGAAUAUUCGCGACUGGAGCAGCGAUACGACAACUUGAAGGAGGAAGUUUCUCUCGCCAAGUUCCAGCCGGGCCACCAGCGAAGCCCGUCCAAUCAGAGCAGCCUCGAGACGGACUCCAACUACACGUCGAUCUCCGCCUCGGAGGCGGGAGACGCCGACGACGCCGCGCAGCUGGCGGAGGAGAUGGGCGUGGCCAAGGCCGCCAUGGACAUCGGCAUCUUUGUCAAGCUGCAGAAGCGCGUGCGAGAGUUGGAAGACGAGAGGAAGCGGCUGCAGGCCAGCGUGGACCAGAUGGCCAGAGACAAGGACUGCGAGGAGGAGGAGAAGGCAAAGAGUCUGAAGAGCGCCGCCGCCGCCGAGCGGGACGCGGCGGACUUGGCCUACAACAACCUGAAGCGUCAGGAGUUGGAGUCCGAGAACCGGAAACUGAAGGCCGACCUGAACGAGCUCCGGCGAGGCGUGGGCGAGCGGGCGGGCGACGCCUCCCGGCAGCUUCGGGACGGCUACGACAUCCUGAUGAGUCAGCUGAAGGCGGCAAACGAGGAGCUGGACGCACGCAAGGAGGAAGUCGUCAUCCUCAGGACGCAGAUCGUCAGCGCUGCGCAGCAGCAGGCGCAGGAGAACGCGAGCGCCGACGAGGUGGACGCGGCGACGUUGCCGUCUGACAAAGAGCAGGCCCUGGUGGUUUACCAACGAGUUUGCCAAUCCAACAAACUGCUGGAGCGCGAUCUGGAGUCGCAGAAGGACCGGCGCGCCCGAGAGGUGGAGGCGCUGCAGGCUGAGGUGGAGGCGCUGAAGGAGGACGUGGAAAAGAAGCAGGAGGCGCUCGACUACGCCACGUCGUUGUCGCCCGAGGCCCUGCUGGAGUACAGCGUGCAGCUGGAGAUCACCAGGCUCACCGACGACAACCUGGACCAAAAGGAACUGGUGGAGAAAUUAGAGAAGAACGAGCGCAAGCUAAAGAAACAGCUGAAGAUCUACAUGAAGAAGGUCCAAGAGCUGGAAGUGAGUCGCGGCGGUCACGUCAAGUCCGACCUGGGUCGUCACGUGAUGCUUCAACGCAAGGAGAAAGACUUUGAGGGCAUGCUGGAGUACGACCAGGAAGAUGAACCUCUGCUCAUCAAGACCCUCAUCACAGACAUGCAUCCCGGCGCGCUGUCCGGCACGGUCCCGUGUCUGCCGGCGUACGUCCUGUUCAUGUGCGUGCGCCACGCCGAUUACGUCAACGACGACCGCAAAGUGGAGUCCCUGCUCACCGCCACCAUCAACGCCAUCAAGCGCGUUCUCAAGAGGAACGAGGACUUCGAGACCACGUCCUUCUGGCUGGCCAACACCAGCCGCCUCCUGCACUGCCUGAAGCAGUACAGCGGAGACGAGGCCUUCAUGGCGCAGAACACGGCCAAGCAGAACGAGCACUGCCUGAAGAACUUCGACCUGGCCGAGUACCGGGCCGUCCUCAGCGACCUGUCUAUUCAGAUCUACCAGCAGCUGAUCCGCGUGGCGGAGGCCGCCAUACAGCCCAUGAUCGUCUCGGCCAUGUUGGAGAGCGAGAGCAUCCCGAGCCUGGCGGGCGUCAAGCCGGCGGGCUACCGCGACCGCUCGUCCAGCGUGGAGAAAGACGGCGGCGGGGCGUCCGGGGGCUACACGCUGCGGGCGCUGAUCCGCCGGCUGGGCCUCUUCCACGGCGUCAUGCGGGACCAGGGCCUGGACCCCGAGAUCGCCGGCCAGGUGGUCCGCCAGCUCUUCUGCUGCGUCAACGCCGUCACGCUCAACAACAUCCUUCUGCGCAAGGACGUGUGCUCCUGGAGCACCGGCAUGCAGCUCCGGUACAACACCAGCCAGCUGGAGGAGUGGCUGCGCGCUAACCAGUUGUACCAGACGGGGGCAGCGCAGAGUCUGGCUCCCGUCAUUCAGGCGGCGCAGCUGCUUCAAGUCAAGAAGAAAACGCCGCAGGACGCCGACGCCAUCUGCUCGCUCUGCAGCGCCCUCAACUCUCAGCAGAUUGUCAAGAUCCUCAACUUGUACACGCCGCUCAACGAGUUUGAGGAGCGAGUCACCGUCUCCUUCAUCAGGAACAUCCAGAAGCAGCUGGCGGAGCGCGGCGAGGACGCCUCAGCGGCGACGACGCCUCAGCUGCUGGUGGACACCAAGCAGACCUUCCCGCUGGUCUUCCCGUACGCGCCGUCGUCCCUCGGCCUGGAGACGCUGCACGUCCCCGCCUCGCUGGGACUCCGCUUCCUGGUCAGGGUCUGAGCGCCGCCGUAUUUAUGAGGCUGGACUUCCAUCUUUCCUCGUCUUUUUUUAUUUUGUGACAAAGUUUUGCACAGGUGGACAAAAAGUAACAACGUUUGUCAAAUACACCAACAACAAUAUUG